ACAAGUGAAAUGUGUUUCAGGGAAUUAUCGCCCUUUUUCUUUUGGGAGAGGCAGUGCUCUAUACCGGUAUUAUCGUCAUCACACUCCUCUGUUUUCACACCCAUAAGAUGAGAUCCAUGUUUGUCGGAAUCAUAUGUGUUGUCUUCGGUAUAAUUAUGUAUGGAUCUCCUCUGUCCAUUGUUAGAAAAGUAUUCAAGACAAAGAGCGUUGAGUUCUUGCCAUUUUGGCUCUGCCUGGCUGGCUUCGCAAAUGGAGCCGUAUGGUUCACCUAUGCUUUUCUCAAGACCUUUGACCCCUAUCUUUGUACUGGAAAUGGAAUCGGAGGACUACUAGGAUUAUUCCAGCUUUGCGUAUAUGCAUAUUUCACUUAUAAAGGGCCUCCUCCAAAGGCAGCAGAUGACUCGAAGCCAUCAGAAGUACAGCUCCAAAACACUGCGACAAACACGAACGCAUCGUCGCCUCCUGUCUGAAAUUUUCUUUUCUUCCUCCUUUAAUCUUAGAUUCUUAGAUAGAGUUGUUACUUUUUCCACUGGAGUUUGUUUCGUAGAUGAACAUAUUUUUUUUCAUAAAAUGUUUAGUUUUUCCUGUCAUGGCAUAAAUUAAUGGUAUCUGAUCUAAUUUUUGUUA